AUGAGUCGCUUGAACGUGGAUACUACAGUCGGAGGAAACCACCAGAGAUAUUCAUUCAUGGAGACACCUCUCGAAAUGCACCCAUCACCCCACCGUCAGGAUCUAUCAGCACCUCCUCCAGACUUGAGUGCACCUCAGCAUCCCGCAGUGGAAGAACUACCCAAAAAGCGACAGCGAGCAUGGUCAUAUGCACCGAGCGAGAAAGAGCAGCAAUUUCAGCAUCAGGGAAUAAUGCCAGACUAUACCAAUUGUCCACCGCUCGAGCAACACCCAGCCAAUUAUGCACCUUUGGCUCGAAACCAGCAGGAGCAACACCACACCACUGCAAUGUCUCCUCAGACGUACGAAAUUGCGCCCGAGCACCAGCAGCAUGCCGCUCAACUUUAUACCCAAUCCUAUACCCAGUCAUAUACAAACAUACCCGAACAGCAAACCCGCUCGAUGUCUCCUCAGGCUUAUUCGAACCAAUCACAAAUAAAUAUACCAGAGCAACAGCAACACCACUGGCACCAACAGAUUGGGAUGAACAUAACAACUCAAUAUGCGAAUGUGCCCGAACAAUACCAGCACAGCACCCCGCUGUCUCCCCACUCAUAUGCGAGUCAUCCAUAUGCAAGCCAUCCGUAUGCGACGCAGCCAUACACGCACAUCCAGGAACAGCAACGUGACAUGGAAACAUCAACUAAGCAAUAUGCCUCGUACCCCGAGACUCCCGGCUCACCCCCGGUCUCGCCAGGUCCACUUCCCCUGAAGGUAAACCAUGAAUGUCCACCACAAAGCGACACGGUGGCCAUUGUUCCGGACGAAAAUCCCCUCCAGUCGCCCAAGUCCCCAUAUUUCCCUCCACCCACUAGAGUGGCGACAUCGCACGCCCCCCAACCAGAUGACUUGAGCGCAUACCACCAGCCCGGCCAAGCCAUCCACCCAAGCCAGGAGGGAGGAGGAUGGAGCAAUGGACUGUGUGAAUUUUCUAGUUUCGGGAUUUGUUGCCUGGGAAUACUCUGUCCGUGCAUUCUGUAUGGGAGAACACAACAUCGACUCUCGAUGAAAUCAAGAAAGGAGGAUCCGACCAACAUGCUCGGUUAUGAGACAUGCAAUGCCUCGUGCACGGGGAUGGGACUGCUAUGCGGAUGUCAAUGUAAGUCUAACUCCAAUUUCAACUUCAGUCCGGUUCUGGGAUUGAGCGAGAUCUGCAACGCGACCGAGGAACUGAGGGCAAAAAAAGAGCACAAUUCUCACAAGAUAACAGGGUUACUGGCUACCGUCCAGCACACUAGAACGAGAAAGGCAUAUGGCAUCCAGGGUAGUAUCGGGUCGGACUGUGUGCGAGCUACCUGCUGCACAUGCUGCACAUUGAUUCAGGACGAGAAAGAGAUCCAGAAGCGCGAGGAGUACCGCACUCGUGCGGCUAGGGAACGCGGGGCUGCUAUGCUCUUGCCGUAUACUACCCCCGGGCCGAUGUCGUAUGGCCCGCCACCGCGAUAA